AUGAGUGACGAAGCCGACACGACUGAAAGCCAAAGUGAGGCACUUGGCCCUAUCCAUAUAGUUGAGCCAGUUGAGUCACAUACACACACAGCAAUCCUCCUCCACGGUCGGGGGAGCAACGGCGAAGAGUUUGCACAAGAGCUCUUCGAAGAGACUUUGCUAUCAGAUCAAUCCAGCCUCCCUCAAAGAUUGCCCAGUUGGCGAUGGGUAUUUCCUUCCUCGCGUGAGCUAUGGAGUACGGCUUUCCAAGAGGACAUGCCCGCGUGGUUUGAGGCCCAUUCUUUGACGGACAUCACAGCGCGACAAGACCUUCAGAUGCCGGGCAUCAAGGAAUCAGUCAACUACGUCAAGACGAUAUUGGACCAGGAGAUCGAAAGACUUGGCGGAGAUGCAUCAAGGGUGGUUUUGGGAGGAAUUAGCCAAGGUGCAGCAGUGGGAAUAUGGACAUUGCUUUGUCAGGACUCCAUUGAGAGACCACUCGGUGCCUUCUUCGCUACAAACACUUGGCUUCCCUUUGCUUCCUCCAUCGAGAGAUGUAUGUCACAUGAACCAAACUCACCUGCGGAUGUAGGAACUGAGUUUGUCGCUGGGAUGCUGGCUCAGUCAAAGGUCUCACUUCCUCAAUCUCGAGACAGGCUCCCAUCAACGGCUGUCUUUCUUGGUCAUGGGACCGAUGAUGCGUAUGUCGAUGUUGAACUGGGAAGAAAGGCGCGAGAUGUCAUUAUCCAGGCUGGAUUCACGGUUGAGUGGAGAGAAUAUCAGGGAGCAGAAUUAGAGGGACAUUGGUUCAAAGCCCCAGAAGAAGUUGACGAUCUGUUCACUUUCUUGGUGACGCACGUGAAAAAAUCGUUCAAUGAUAGAUUCAUGUAUUAA